CGCCACGCGGCACCUCUGUGCCCGACCCCCGAUGCGCCCGACGGCCGCAGCUCCUCGGGGCCCCGCGGCGGCUAUCGAGCCUCGUCGCUUCGCCGCGGCCAGGUGGCCCGGGCGGCGCUCGCUCCCGCGGCCGGCGCGGCGGGGCGGCGGCAGCGGCGGGGCUCCGGGACCGUAUCCAUCCGCCGCCCCUCCCCCGCCCGGCCCCGGCCCCCCUCCCUCCGGGCAGCGCUCGCCUCCCUCCUCCUCAGACUGUUUUGGUAGCAACGGCGGCGGCGCGGCCCGGCCCGGCUCCCGGCGACUUCUCGGUUUCGGCGGGCCUCCCCGCCCGUUCGUCGUCCUCCUGCUCCCCCUCGCCGGCUCGGGCGCCCCCCCGGCCGCGCCAACCCGCGCCUCCCCGCUCGGUGCCCGCGCGUCCCCGCCGCGCUCCGGCUUCUCCUCGGCGCGCCCGGCUCCCGGCAGUCCCCGCCCGGCGUGCGGGCCGGUGUAUGGGCCCCUCACCAUGUCGCUGAAGCCUCAUCAGCAACAGCAGCAGCAGCAGCCGCAGCCGCAGCCCGCGGCCGCCAAUGCCCGCAAGCCUGGCGGCGGCGGCGGCCUUCUCACGUCGCCGGCCGCCGCGCCGUCCUCAGUCUCGUCGUCCUCGGCCGCGGCUUCCUCCUCCUCCUCCUCCUCAGUGGCGGUGGCUAGCGCAGGCGGCGGGCGGCCGGGCCUGGGCAGAGGCCGAAACAGUAGCAAAGGACUGCCUCAAUCCACGAUUUCUUUUGAUGGAAUCUAUGCAAAUAUGAGGAUGGUUCAUAUUCUUACAUCAGUUGUUGGAUCCAAAUGUGAAGUACAAGUGAAAAAUGGAGGUAUAUAUGAAGGAGUUUUUAAAACAUACAGUCCUAAGUGUGAUCUGGUACUUGAUGCUGCACAUGAGAAAAGUACAGAAUCCAGUUCGGGGCCAAAACGUGAAGAAAUAAUGGAGAGUAUUUUGUUCAAGUGUUCAGACUUUGUUGUGGUGCAGUUUAAAGAUAUGGACUCCAGUUAUGCAAGAAGAGAUGCUUUUACUGACUCUGCUAUCAGUGCUAAAGUGAACGGUGAACACAAAGAGAAGGACCUGGAGCCCUGGGAUGCAGGUGAACUCACUACCAAUGACGAACUGGAGGCUUUGGAAAAUGAUGUUUCUAAUGGAUGGGAUCCCAAUGAUAUGUUUCGAUAUAAUGAAGAAAAUUAUGGUGUAGUGUCUACGUACGAUAGCAGUCUGUCUUCAUACACGGUGCCCUUAGAAAGGGAUAACUCAGAAGAAUUUUUAAAACGAGAAGCAAGGGCAAACCAGUUAGCAGAAGAAAUUGAAUCAAGUGCCCAGUAUAAAGCCCGGGUGGCCCUGGAAAAUGAUGAUAGGAGUGAAGAAGAAAAAUACACAGCAGUUCAGAGAAAUUCCAGUGAACGUGAGGGCCACAACAUAAACACUAGGGAAAAUAAAUAUAUUCCUCCUGGACAAAGAAAUAGAGAAGUCAUAUCCUGGGGAAGUGGGCGACAGAAUUCACCGCGUAUGGGCCAGCCUGGAUCGGGCUCCAUGCCACCAAGAUCCACCUCUCACACUUCAGAUUUCAACCCGAAUUCUGGUUCAGACCAAAGAGUAGUUAAUGGAGGUGUUCCCUGGCCAUCGCCUUGCCCAUCUCCUUCCUCUCGCCCACCUUCUCGCUACCAGUCAGGUCCCAACUCUCUUCCACCUCGGGCAGCCACCCCUACACGGCCGCCCUCCAGGCCCCCCUCGCGGCCAUCCAGACCCCCGUCUCACCCCUCUGCUCAUGGUUCUCCAGCUCCUGUCUCUACUAUGCCUAAACGCAUGUCUUCAGAAGGGCCUCCAAGGAUGUCCCCAAAGGCCCAGCGACACCCUCGAAAUCACAGAGUUUCUGCUGGGAGGGGUUCCAUUUCCAGUGGCCUAGAAUUUGUAUCCCAUACCCCACCAAGUGAAGCAGCUGCUCCUCCAACAGCAAGGACAAGUCCUGCAGGGGGCACAUGGUCAUCAGUGGUCAGUGGAGUUCCAAGAUUAUCCCCUAAAACUCACAGACCCAGGUCUCCCAGACAGAAUAGUAUUGGAAAUACUCCUAGUGGGCCAGUUCUUGCUUCUCCCCAAGCUGGUAUUAUCCCAGCUGAAGCUGCUGCUAUGCCUGUACCAGCUGCAUCUCCUACACCUGCCAGUCCUGCAUCCAACAGAGCUGUCACCCCAUCUCUUGAGGCUAAAGAUUCCAGGCUUCAAGAUCAGAGGCAAAACUCUCCUGCAGGGAAUAAAGAAAAUAUGAAGCCCAGUGAGACAUCAUCCAGCUUCUCAAAAGCUGAAAAUAAAGGUAUAUCACCAAUUGUUUCUGAACAUAGAAAACAGAUUGAUGAUUUAAAGAAAUUUAAGAAUGAUUUUAGGUUACAGCCAAGUUCUACUUCUGAAUCUAUGGAUCAGCUGCUAAACAAAAAUAGAGAGGGAGAAAAAUCAAGAGAUUUGAUCAAAGACAAAAUUGAACCAAAUGCUAAGGAUUCUUUCAUUGAAAAUAGCAGCAACUGCACCAGUGGCAGCAGCAAGCCGAGCAGCCCCAGCAUUUCCCCUUCAGUCCUCAGUAACACGGAGCACAAGAGGGGACCUGAGGUCACAUCCCAAGGGGUUCAGACUUCCAGUCCAGGAUGUAAACAAGAGAAAGAAGAUAAAGAGGAGAAGAAAGACGCAGCUGAGCAAGUGAGGAAAUCAACGUUGAAUCCCAAUGCAAAGGAGUUCAACCCUCGUUCCUUUUCUCAGCCAAAGCCUUCUACCACCCCAACUUCACCUCGUCCUCAAGCACAACCUAGCCCAUCUAUGGUGGGUCAUCAGCAGCCAACUCCAGUGUAUACUCAGCCUGUUUGUUUUGCACCAAAUAUGAUGUAUCCGGUCCCCGUGAGCCCAGGCGUGCAACCUCUAUAUCCUAUACCUAUGACGCCCAUGCCAGUCAAUCAAGCCAAGACAUAUAGAGCAGGUAAAGUACCAAAUAUGCCCCAACAACGGCAAGACCAACACCAUCAGAGUACCAUGAUGCACCCAGCCUCAGCAGCAGGCCCACCAAUUGUGGCCACCCCACCAGCUUAUUCCACACAGUACGUCGCCUACAGUCCUCAGCAGUUUCCAAAUCAGCCUCUUGUUCAGCAUGUGCCACAUUAUCAGUCUCAGCAUCCUCAUGUCUAUAGUCCUGUAAUACAGGGUAAUGCUAGAAUGAUGGCACCACCAACACAUGCCCAGCCUGGUUUAGUGUCCUCUUCAGCAACUCAGUACGGGGCUCAUGAGCAGACACAUGCGAUGUAUGCAUGUCCCAAAUUACCAUACAACAAGGAGACAAGCCCUUCUUUCUACUUUGCCAUUUCCACUGGCUCCCUUGCUCAGCAGUAUGCGCACCCUAAUGCUACCCUGCACCCACAUACUCCACAUCCUCAGCCUUCAGCUACGCCCACCGGACAGCAGCAAAGCCAACAUGGCGGGAGCCAUCCUGCACCCAGUCCUGUUCAGCACCAUCAGCACCAGGCCGCCCAGGCUCUCCAUCUGGCCAGUCCACAGCAGCAGUCUGCCAUUUACCACGCGGGGCUUGCGCCAACCCCACCUUCCAUGACACCUGCCUCCAAUACACAGUCUCCACAGAAUAGUUUCCCAGCAGCACAGCAGACCGUCUUUACCAUUCAUCCUUCUCAUGUUCAGCCGGCUUACACCAAUCCACCCCAUAUGGCCCAUGUACCUCAGGCUCAUGUACAGUCAGGAAUGGUUCCUUCUCAUCCAACUGCCCAUGCGCCAAUGAUGCUAAUGACGACACAGCCACCCGGCGGUCCCCAGGCCGCCCUCGCUCAAAGUGCACUACAGCCCAUUCCAGUCUCGACAACAGCGCAUUUCCCUUAUAUGACGCACCCUUCAGUACAAGCCCACCACCAACAGCAGUUGUAAGGCUGCCCUGGAGGAACCGAAAGGCCAAAUUCCCUCCUCCCUUCUACUGCUUCUACCAACUGGAAGCACAGAAAACUAGAAUUUCAUUAUUUUGUUUUGAAAAAAUAUAUGUUGAUUUCUUGUAACAUCCAAUAGGAAUGCUAACAGUUCACUUGCAGUGGAAGAUAUUUGGACCGAGUAGAGGCAUUUAGGAACUUGUGGGCUGUUCCAUAAUUCCAUAUGCUGUUUCCGAGUCCCGCAAGUACCCCAGCUCUGCUUGCUGAAACUGGAAGUUAUUUAUUUUUUAAUGACCCUUGAAAGUCAUGAACACAUCAGCUAGCAAAAGAAGUAACAAGAGUGAUUCUUGCUGCUAUUACCGCUAAAAAAAAGAAAAAAAAAUCAAGACUUGGAACACCUUUACUAAACUUGACAAAGGUUCAGUAAAUUCUUACCGUCAAACUGACGGAUUAUUAUUUAUAAAUCAAGUUUGAUGAAGUAAUCACUGUCUGCAGUGGUUCAACUUUUAAGUUAAGGGAAAAACUUUUACUUUGUAGAUAAUAUAAAAUAAAAACUUUAAAAAAAUUAAAAAAUAAAAAAAGUUUUAAAAACUGA